AGGAACCGAUACGAGAACAGACGGAUAGAAAAGAAAGGUGUACGAUAAUGCCGCGUCCCAUUGUAGUAACAGUUACAGUUAUAUAAAUACGAAUAGAUUAGAUUAGCACAAAAUCGAAUUACAUGCAUUAUUAGAGAUACUGGGAUAAGGCUAUAAGGGGGAACCCAGCUAGCAAUACACGAAUGAAGCAGAAAAGAAAAGAGAGAGAGCAUUCUUGAGCUGGAAUUUCCAAAUGGAAGUUGAAGCGGGUAAAGGUGUUUCUAGUUGUGGGAGAGACCCAAGUGCGGAACUGGAUGAUGAUGGGAGAAUCAAAAGAACAGGGAACGUGUUGACGGCUACGACGCACAUAGUAACGGUGGUGGUAGGAGCAGGAGUGUUGGCUCUUGCAUGGGCCAUGGCUCAGCUUGGAUGGAUACCUGGCAUCUCCGUCAUGCUCAUCUUUGCAUGCAUUUCCAUUUACACUUACAAUCUUAUCGCUGAUUGCUAUAGAUAUCCAGAUCCAGUUAGUGGCAAGAGGAACUACACUUACAUGCAGGCCGUUGAUGCAUACCUUGGUGGAACAAUGCAUGUGUUCUGCGGAUUAGUCCAAUAUGGGAAGCUCGCUGGGAUUACAGUGGGGUACACUAUAACUACUUCUACAAGCUUGGUGGCUAUUAAGAAAGCAAUAUGCUUCCACAAAAGAGGCCACAAAGCUUAUUGCAAGUUUUCAAAUAAUCCCUACAUGAUUGGUUUUGGGAUGUUGCAAAUUUUAUUGUCUCAAAUCCCAAAUUUCCACAAGUUAACUUGUCUUUCAACCAUUGCUGCUGCUAGCUCUUUUGGUUAUGCAUUAAUUGGAAGUGGGCUUUCUCUGGCUGUCGUGGUCUCAGGGAAAGGAAAAGCGACUAGAUUAUUUGGAACCAAAGUAGGGCCAGAACUAUCUGAAGAAGAAAAAGUUUGGAGGGUUUUCAGCGCUUUGGGAAACAUUGCACUUGCUUGCUCUUAUGCUACUGUUGUUUACGAUAUAAUGGACACAUUGAAGUCAUAUCCACCAGAAAACAAACAGAUGAAAAAGGCCAAUGUGUUAGGAAUCACAGCAAUGACUACACUUUUCAUCCUAUGCGGUGGCCUUGGCUAUGCUGCUUUCGGUGAUCACACACCGGGAAACAUACUCACUGGCUUUGGAUUUUACGAACCCUUUUGGUUGGUCGCCCUUGGGAAUGUGUGCAUUGUAAUCCACAUGGUGGGGGCAUACCAGGUACUUGCUCAACCACUGUAUCGUAUAAUUGAGAUGGGUGCUAACUUGGUGUGGCCACGUUCAGUUUUCAUAAACAAGGAAUACCCAACCAAAAUGGGCACUUUGACAUUCAGUUUGAAUUUGUUUAGGCUAAUUUGGAGGACAAUAUACGUGAUAGUGGCCACAAUUAUUGCCAUGGCAAUGCCGUUUUUCAAUGAGUUUCUUGCCCUGCUUGGAGCAAUUGGGUUUUGGCCUCUCAUCGUCUUUUUCCCUAUACAAAUGCACAUUGCACAGAAACAAAUCAGAAGACUAUCAUUGAAGUGGUGUGUGCUCCAACUAUUGAGCUUCGUGUGCUUCCUUGUUUCAGUUCCUGCGGCCGUUGGUUCCAUUCGUGCAAUUAGCAAGAAUAUCAAAAAAUACAAACUUUUCAUGUAUAAACAGUAGACCGUUUUCCACAUUACGAUCAUCGUUCACGUUUGAGAUGUGCCAUACAUUCAUAGAUGGACAUAAAACGAAAUGAGACAACUUAUAAUUGGGCAGUGA